GCGCACCACACUACAUUUGCUUAGCAAUCUUCAAACGCAGUUGCGCAAAUUUGCCACUUGAACAUCGGUUACCUACGCAUACCUGGCUUUACGACAACACCUCCUAGAUUACCGCUGCAUCAACUUCUUCACUACCACACCCGAUUAUCAGUAUGCCGCCGAAGAAGUUUUUGAAGCCGAAGCCCAAGGGCAAAGUGAAGCCGCCGGAGCCGGAGACAGAGAACGACUUCCUCGAAGCUGCAGACGAGUUCGAACAGGCGGCAGGGAAAUGGCGCGCAGGCGACGCCGCGAAGGCCGUUCGCUUCUUCAACCGAGCGAUAGACGCGUAUAACGAGGGCCUAAAGCGUCAUCCGCAGUCAUUCGAUCUUGCCUAUAACAAAGCGAACCUGCAAUUCAUCAUUUCAGAAGAUGAGCGCAUCAUUUCACACUUCGGAAACAGAACUGCGCUGCUAGAGGAGACUCUGAUGUCGCACCGCUUUGCUAUCUCACUGAAUCCGACGAAUACCGACAUCCUCUUCAACGCUGCGCAGGUACUUACCUCAUUAGCAGAAGCCGGUUUGGAGGCUAGUUCGCCUGCAACCGGAAAGCAAGAUGCAAGACUAUUACUCGAGGAAGCGGUCGAGAUUCUCACAAGGUGCUUAGAAAGUCAGCAGCAAGAGUAUGCUCAGAUGCAGGCUGAGAUUGCCAAGAUUGAGGCCUCUGGAGAGUACAAGGAGGCUUGGGAGGGUGAACGUCAACAGCCAGCGGAUGCUCAGGAACAAGACAUGGAGACUGAUUCAGGGACUUCGGAAGUACCAGGAGACUGGGCCACGGUCGAAGAGCCGCUGACACCAACAAGCAUAUUGGAGACCUGCACAGCGCAGCUCAGUACCUUGACGACAUUACUAGGGCUAUACAACCCCGCUACAGAUCUAUCAAGUAUAGAGAAGAAAGCACAGGACGGGAUAGAUACAGCUACAAACAAGAUCCCAACGCUCAUAAAUCUCAUCGAAAAGUCGCCCGCUCCGAAACUCGUCGAUGAGCCCAAAGCAGGCCCAACACUCUCCAUAGGCUCCGUAUCCGCACCAGAAGAAGCAACAACAACACCCAAAGAUGAUGCGAUACUCGCGGCUGCCAAUUUCCAGGCUAGCGUAGCGGAGAUGCAAUACCGUAGUGGCAGGACAACCUCAACAGAGUACGCAGGAACUGUAGAGGGAAUCUUCAGUAGUCUAGUACAAGUCGCUACGCAAAACACAAGUCCCGAUCUAGCAGCAAUCAACGUACAGUCUGCGUAUGCAGACGCACUCAUGGAUCUCGCCUCAGCACUAGCAGAUGGUACCCAAUAUACCCCUUCAGAACCCACAUUCAGCACAGACGUCGACAUCCAGUGGACGGCCCUCACGCAGACCCAAAAUCUGCUCACCAAACUGUCCGGCGCACCCUACACCUCUAUUCUCUCCCCAUCACGACUGGCCGAUGUCUUCAUCGCAAGGGGCGACACCGACCUAUUCCGCUUCCGUAUCUCGCUCUUCGAGGGCGCGAAACCUGCUUGGGCAAAGAGCGGACCGACUCUAAUUUCCAAUGCUGGUGUCUUCUACCGGGGAGGGAGAAGCUAUGCGGAGAAGACUGGUGCGACUGGGGUGCGGAGCGCGGCAGAUGCCAAAGCAGUUGUAGCUGAGAUACUGAAGGCGGUGGCUAGUGGUUCGGAGACGGCGAAGGAUACUUGGAAGGGGAGGACUGCGGAUGUACCGAGGGUUUUGGAGCAGAUGGUCGACGAGGGUAUUAUUGGGCGGGAGAAUGUUGAGGGAUUGCUGAACUGGAUAUAGGGAAGGGAUGUCAGUGUCAGAAGCAGUCUGUAUCGAUGC